GAAUAUUGUAGGAAGCACUGUGUAUUUCUUAAACAACAUAAUCGUUGGAUUCAAGAUCAUGAACUUGAACGCCUUCACCAUGAAACAUUUCCCAUUUGGUUUUGAACCCACGUCCACAAGUUACAACUUGAGGGGUCCGAAGAAGUAUCAAAUGAGGUUGCAAUUCUGGCAUUGGGUCCUCGUGACACAGCAAUUAGAUUUAGUGGCUAUAUCAUCAAUGGGGUUAGAUAUCACACCAAAGAGCGUGAGCUUAAAAGGAAAACACAAAACAAUGGAGUUAUGUUGAAGGCAAAGACUAAUAGUUAUUCAAGCGCUAGAGAUAUGAAUCCUCAAGAAGGAGAUGUCACAUAUUACGGAAGGAUCACAGACAUGGUGGAGUUGUAUUAUACACAUGACCACAAACAUGUGUUAUUCAACUGUGAUUGGAUAGAUAACAAUCGGGGUUUAGUACCGAAUGAUGAAUUUGGCUUCACACUUGUCAAUUUCAAUUGUUUGCUCUAUACAAUAGAACAUGCCUCCAACGAACCAUUUAUACUAGCAUCUCAAGCUCAACAAGUUUUUUAUGUGCAAGAUCCGGCCAAAGAAGAUUGGAGCAUUGUAAUCAAAAUGAAACCUAGAGACUUGUUUGAAAUUUGUGAAGUUGGGGAUGGUCACAUAGCCGACAUUGAAGUUGAUGGAAUCUAUCAACAACAAGAAGAUUAUACUACAUUGCAUGAUGAGGAUAACGUGUGGAUUAGGGAUGAUUUACCUGGCCUAACACUAAAUGAUGAUGUCAAUAUGUAGUAAUUCAGGAAGUGUUAGGUUGCAAGCAUGAGAGAAAUUUUAGUUAAUAUCUCUAUGUUAAUAUCAGAUACUUGUCUCUUUUCUAGUAGUUCGAAUAUAUCUAUUGACGUUAAUAUC